AAGUUGUUACAUGAAAUCUGCAGUUUCAUAAUUUCCGCGGGUCGGGCCUGCCGGCCGGGCGCAGAGUGCAACGAUGGCCACCACCGGGGCCCUGGGCAACUACUAUGUGGACUCGUUCCUGCUGGGCGCCGAUGCCGCGGAUGAGCUGGGCGCGGGCCGCUAUGCUCCGGGGACCCUGGGUCAGCCCCCCAGGCAGGCGGCAGCACUGGCCGAGCACCCCGACUUCAGCCCAUGCAGCUUUCAGUCCAAGGCCGCGGUGUUCGGCGCCUCGUGGAACCCGGUGCACGCGGCCGGCGCCAACGCGGUGCCCGCAGCGGUGUAUCACCACCAUCACCACCAUCCCUAUGUGCACCCCCAGGCGCCCGUGGCGGCGGCAGCUCCGGACGGCAGGUACAUGCGCUCCUGGCUGGAGCCCACGCCGGGCGCGCUCUCCUUCACGGGCUUGCCCUCCAGCCGGCCUUACGGCAUUAAACCUGAACCGCUGUCGGCCAGAAGGGGUGACUGUCCCACGCUUGACACUCACACUUUGUCCCUGACUGACUAUGCUUGUGGUUCUCCUCCAGUUGAUAGAGAAAAACAGCCCAGCGAAGGCGCCUUCUCCGAAAACAAUGCUGAGAAUGAGAGCAGCGGAGACAAGCCCCCCAUCGAUCCCAGCAACCCGGCUGCCAACUGGCUCCAUGCGCGCUCCACUCGGAAGAAGCGCUGCCCCUAUACCAAACAUCAAACGCUGGAACUGGAGAAAGAGUUUCUGUUCAACAUGUACCUCACCAGGGACCGCAGGUACGAGGUGGCCCGGCUGCUCAACCUCACGGAAAGGCAGGUUAAGAUCUGGUUCCAGAACCGCAGGAUGAAAAUGAAGAAAAUCAAUAAGGACCGAGCCAAGGACGAGUGAUGCUACUUGAGUUCAUUUAGAAAACAGACGGAGCUAGAGAGAAAGAGAAAGGACUGCCCUUACCCUUCUCCCACCCCCACGCCACUCAAGCCUCCAGCUCUCUGCACAAAGCGACGCUCAACUCCAGGCCUCGGCUCCCCCUGGCAACCCCUUCUCAGGCUGGCUCCUUGGCCUGCCGCUUUCAUGGAGGAGGUAUUGUAAGCUUUCCAUUUUCUCUUACGACAAAA